UAACUCUACAUUAAAACUUUUUAAGCCAUAUAGUUAUAACAAGUAAUAUAGCUUAUUAGGCAUAAUAAUUAAGUACCAUAGAGUGUUGUAUAACAUGGCUAAUACGAAGGCUUUAGGUCUUGUUGCUUUGCUUCUUGCCGUUAAUAUUAUAGCCUCCGAAAGCAGAGUGGAAAGAAAGGACCUAGGGUUGGACCUUGGUGGCAUAGGAGUUGGGAUUGGUGCAGGCAUAGGAAUUGGCCUUGGUGGUGGAGGUGGUGCAGGUUCGGGUGCCGGUGCAGGAUCUGGUUCUGGCUCGGGAUCUAGCUCGAGCUCAGGUUCUGCUUCUUCUUCAGGAUCGGGCUCGGGAUCUGGCUCCGGAGCUGGCUCUGAAGCUGGCUCCUAUGCAGGAUCCCGAGCUGGAUCUAGGGCCGGGUCAGGUUCCUCCGGAGCAGGUUCGGAAGCAGGUUCAUAUGCAGGGUCCCAUGCUGGCUCACGAUCAUAUGGUGGUGGUAACGGAAAGUAAAUAUAAUUAAUCAUGAACGAUUUAACUAUAUACAUGUUGUGAUUUGCAAACAAAUAAUUAAAAAUAAUUAGGUGUUUCAUGUAAUAAACUUAUGCAUGUACCCAGCCAUCAUAUCGUGUUUUUAUUUCGUUGUAAUGUUUGCGUGUGUAUCAUCAAGUGUUGUGGGAGUCAUGGAUCUUCCUAACUCCUUAAUUAAGUAUGUUUCGUUAUUAAAUGUAUGUAAGAUCAUUGAAAUAUUCGAUAAUGCAUGCUAGGAUGAGGCUUCUUGAUU